AUUAAUUGUAAAUAAUUAUUAUUUCGUGUAUGUCUGAGACGGUUUGAUGGACGCUGUGAAGUUUUAUAACCUUAAUGUUAAAGCGGAAUGUAGACGCCAGAUAAGCGCCGGACUCCUUUUAGCGACGGACCCUCGUCGAGUUGUUUUGUUGACAUUUCUUUCCGGCGCUUCACUGCUCGCUAAUGACUUCGAGUUCAAAGUUCAAAGUUACUAUUCUGUUUUAAAUGAGUGUUUUUACAACAUGUGGAAGAAAGAAUCCGACCGCUUUGAGUUCUUACAAAAUCUCGUCACGGAGUUCCAGGAUACGGACAGUGAUGAGGCUAAGGAGCAAGUUCUGGCCAACCUGGCCAACUUUGCGUACGAUCCAAAGAACGUGGACUUCCUGAAGCAGCUGCAGGUUCCUGACCUCUUCUUGGACAUGCUGACAGAGGACAACCCCAACUUUGUGGAGUUCGGCAUGGGCGGGCUGUGCAACCUCAGCACGGAGCCGGAGUGCCGUGACGCCAUCCUGCAGGGGGGCGGGGUCUCCUUGAUCAGCAACUGUCUGUCCAGUCCCAGGGAGGAGACGGUCCUGUCCGCCAUCACCGCCCUCAUGAACCUGCUCACCCCGUCCUGGCACCAGGACCUCAGCCAGGCCGGCCUGGUGCAGUGCAUGUUGCGCUUCUCCCUCAGCGAGAGUCCCCGCCUGCGCAACCUGGCCGCCGUCUUCCUGCAGGACUGCUGCAGCCAGGAGCAGGUCUCACAAGCCCGGCAGCAGACCACGGGACAGCAGACUGUGGUCGGCAUCCCGCUGCCCAGGGACUGAAGCGGCUGGGGUCUCAGGUGGACUACUUCAUCCUCUUUACUGACCGCCUGUGGCAUGUUUUAGCAUCAGGUUAGUUCACUUUCAUUGCCAGAAAUUAAUUUGGUCCUCAAAAUUCUAAACACAAUACCCCAUGAUGAAAUUGUGAAAAUUAUUUUGUCCUCAAAAUUCUAAACACAAUACCCCAUAAUGAAAUUGUGAAAAUUAUUUUGUCCUCAAAAUUCUAAACACAAUACCCCAUAAUGAAAUUGUGAAAAUUUUGUCCUCAAAAUUCUACACAUAAGACCCCAUAAUGAAAUUGUGAAAAUUAUUUUGAUUUUGUCUCAAAAUUCUACACAUAAUACCCCAUAAUGAAAUUGUGAAAAUUAUUUUGUCCUCAAAAUUCUACACAUAAGACCCCAUAAUGAAAUUGUGAAAAUUAUUUUGAUUUUGUCUCAAAAUUCUACACAUAAUACCCCAUAAUGAAAUUGUGAAAAUUUUGUCCUCAAAAUUCUACACAUAAGACCCCAUAAUGAAAUUGUGAAAAUUAUUUUGAUUUUGUCUCAAAAUUCUACACAUAAUACCCCAUAAUGAAAUUGUGAAAAUUAUUUUGUCCUCAAAAUUCUACACGUAAGACCCCAUAAUGAAAUUGUGAAAAUUAUUUUAUUUUGUCCUCUAAAUUCUAAACACAAUACCCCAUAAUGCAAUUGUGAAAAUUAUUUAGAUUUUGUCCUCAAAAUUCUACACAAUCCGCCACAAUAAAAUUGUGAAAAUUAUUUGUAAUUAUUUUGUCCUCCAAAUUCUACACAUAAUACUCCAUAAUAAAAUUGUGAUCAUUAUUUUGAUUAUUUCGUCCUCAAAAUUCUACACAUAAUACCCCAUAAUGAAAUUGUGAAAAUUGUUUUGAUUUUAUCCUCAAAAAUUCUACACAUAAUUCUCCAUAAUGAAAUUGUGAACAUUUUGAUUAUUUUGUCCUCAAAAUUGUAAACAUAAGACCCCAUAAUUAAAUUGUGAAAAUUAUUUUGACUUUGUCCUCAAAAUUCUACACAUAAUAAUUGUGAACAUUUUUGAUUGUUUUGUCCUCAAAAUUCUACACAUAAAACCCCACAAUAAAAUUAUGAACAUUUUGAUUAUUUUGUCCUCAAAAUUCUACACAUAAUACCCCAUAAUGAAAUUGUUAACAUUUUGAUUAUUUUGUCCUCAAAGUUCUACACAUAAUACCCCAUAAUGAAAUUGUGAAAAUUAUUUUGAUUAUAUUGUCCUCAAAAUUCUACACAUAAUACCCCAUAAUUAAAUUGUAAAAAUUAUUUUUGAUUUUGUCCUCAAAAUUCUACACAUAAUACCCUAUAAUGAAAUUGUGAAAAUUAUUUUGAUUAUAUUGUCCUCAAAAUUCUACACAUAAUACCCCAUAAUUAAAUUGUGAAAAUUAUUUUGACUUUGUCCUCAAAAUUCUACACAUAAUAAUUGUGAACAUUUUUGAUUGUUUUGUCCUCAAAAUUCUACACAUAAAACCCCACAAUAAAAUUAUGAACAUUUUGAUUAUUUUGUCCUCAAAAUUCUACACAUAAUACCCCAUAAUGAAAUUAACAUUUUGAUUAUUUUGUCCUCAAAGUUCUACACAUAAUACCUCAUAAUGAAAUUGUGAAAAUUAUUUUGAUUAUAUUGUCCUCAAAAUUCUACACAUAAUACCCCAUAAUUAAAUUGUAAAAAUUAUUUUUGAUUUUGUCCUCAAAAUUCUACACAUAAUACCCCAUAAUGAAAUUGUGAAAAUUAUUUUGAUUAUAUUGUCCUCAAAAUUCUACACAUAAUACCCCAUAAUUAAAUUGUAAAAAUUAUUUUUGAUUUUGUCCUCAAAAUUCUACACAUAAUACCCCAUAAUGAAAUUGUGAAAAAAAAAUUGUUCUCAAAAUUCUACACAUAUCUCAUAAUGAAAUUGUGAAAAUUAUUUUGUUCUCAAAAUUCUACACAUAAUACCCCAUAAUGAAAUUGUGCAAUUAUUUUGAUCCUUUUAAUCAUUGCCAGGACUGACUUCUUUAGCGCAUUUAUUCCCGUUUCCAUUGCAACGCACUUCUGACUUCCAGCAACAAAAGUGUGUUCUUACAGAUAUUUAUUUCUGUAGUUAGCUUUUACGGCUAAUACAGUAGCAUGGCGAUGUUACUAUGCUAGAAAAUAGUUCCUCAAUGUUAGCUCUUAGAAUAACAAUGUCGCUGCAGUUUGGUUAUUAUACAGCUUACUAAAUAAAUUAAUUAUUGUUGACGCUUUUUGAAUGCAUUUUUAAAGUGAUUUAGAGGUAAAUUUGAUUGCUAACAUUAGCUGCGUUGCUAGCCCCCAAGAACAGACUCAUUUUUAUGUUGGAAUGCAAAAAAAUAUUUUUUUGUUUGUCAUGAUUGUAAACAAUAGGCAAACUUCACCCCAAAAAGUACAGUUCCCCUUUAAAAGUGCCACAUGUCUCAAAUGAAGUCUGGGCUUCCCUGCUUAGGCUACUGCCCCCGCAACCCGAUCUUGGAUAAGUGGAAGAAGAUGGAUGGAUGGAUAUCUCAAAUAUACAUCAUUAAAAGUCAAGUCUUUAAAAUGAACUUUUGACUUUCACAAUCUAAAUGGAUGUAUUAGAAAGAUGAUUUUUAUUUCCACAUCAGAUACAAUAAAUACAACAUUACAUUCAGCAAAGUUAAGGCCACAUUCAAACUUUGCAUUUAAGGUCACUCGGUAGUUUCAAAAUAAAAGUUUAAAAAAAAAGUUUGUCAACUCAAUGUUGGAGAUUGUGAAAGAUUUUGAUGAGAAGUUGAAAUGAGGGCUAAAGAAGAAGCUGCAACACUUUUAAAACAAAGUUCAGUCAAUGGCAGCCAGGUGUCGAUGUGUUCAGGCGUCACUGGGAGAUCCGUGUACUCUGAAGCGGUACAUGCACGUGUAGUCCGGGUGGCCCCAGUUGGACAAGACCUGGACCUCGAUGAUCUGGAAGCUUCUGUGGUUGUCUUCCUGUGAAGAGCAGACUGUACGUCAAGAGAGAGGAGAGCGGGGAGUGGCGUACAGGAAGUGAGGACUCGCCGUGACGGAGUACGUCUGCAGAGCGUCUCCAUCCUCCUGGUAGGUGUAGGAGCCCAGCAGCCUGCCGCCUUCUUCACUCUCGUCUUGCAGGCCCUGGAAGGAAGGAGGCGGGGCUAACGGACUCAACACAAACCAAGCUCCGCCCCCUCCGACAAACUUCUCAAAACCUCCUCAAACAUUUGUGCUGCAAAAAUGUUGGUCUAACAAUUAUAGUUUUUAACGUGUUAUUAAUCACUACUAGACCAACUAUGCAAACAUUUCCCCAAACUUCUAACAAUAGUUUGAGUUGCAAAAUUGGACUUUGUGCCAUAACGGUUUUUAAUUAACAUUUUAAAGUUAUUAAAGUGUUACUAUUCAAAAUCACUUAUUCGUAGAAGUCUUCCUUAUCUUUCUUCAGUUUUAAAAGUCUCUCUGUCUCGAUGGAGAUCUUCCUUUAUUACCUCCUGCUUCGAUUGAAAGUCCAGUUUAGAAAACGGUUUUAUUUUAGAUAUGUAAUCCUCCAUGUUAAAAGUGCAAGCGAGAGGAAAAAAUAAACUCUCGCUGCUUGUUGUCACUUCUUCUGCAGCCGAGUAGUCGCAAGAAGGAUCACUAGCGCCCUCUACCACCAGGAGGCGGGAGUCAUUUAAUGACUCAUAUUUGACACACACAGCUACGGUAUAUUAAUAAAACAUAGCUGCUUACUGUUCUUUUUAGCAUAUUCAAUAGCUUGGACCUUAAAUCCUACUGAAUAGCUCUUAAUCUUCUUCCCUUUAUGCGAUUUCAAAUGAUUGAAAUCAGCCUCCUCCAUUUUGAAAAUGAUGACAGGUGAAGUGUCACUCGUGACGUGACGAGUUUGACCCGGCGGAAAUUCUAGGCACAUGCUAAUUAUUUGGCGAAACGAGUUUGACCUGGCAGAAAUUGUAGAGGGUUGGAAUUGGGGGUUAAAUCACCAUAAAUGAUUCUUGGGCGUGGCACCGCUGCUGCUCACUGCUCCCCUCACCUCGCAGGGGGUGAUCAAGGGUGAUGGGUCAAAUGCAGAGAAUAAUUUCGCCACAUCUAGUAUGUGUGUGUGACAAUCAUUGAUACUUUAACUUUAGACAUGUGCUAGUAAAAAUAAUAUUUUGCAAAACGAGUUUGACCCGGCGUUAAUCCUGAGCCGGCAGUAAUGCUAAGCAUGCGCUAAUUAUUUUGCAAAACAAGUUUGACCCGGCAGUAAUUCUAGGCAGGCGCAUACUAUUACCCAGCGGCAAUUCAAGGAAAUAUGGUUAAAACUCAUUAAUUACAUGAAAGGUUAAAAAGAAAAAUGUUAGCAGCACAAAGUUUGGGGAGAUGUGGACAACUGGACCCAGGUGUCAGACUUACGUAGACCCUGAAGUCUCUUGGUGCGCUGCUCACAGAGCGGUGUGGCGCCAGGGCCUUUGGGAUGUGGUCCAGAGAGAAGGCGGUGGGGAGGAUCCUCACGGACAACCUGAUCACCAGGAAGCCCGUGGAGCCUUUGAAGGCCCAGCAGUUCCCAGGAUGGACGUCCGGCUGCGGGGGGGAGCAGUCGGAGGGCGGUGAAAGCGGACUUGCUGGCGUGAGGAGAGGACACUCACCUGGAUGACCACGCGGGGAGACUGGGAGAAAUACCAGAGAGGAAGACCAAACAGGCUGAGCAGAGCCGCCUGGGUCUUGUAGGUCUCCGAGCAGCGCGUGCUGAGGAUGCUGCCCCCUGCAGGAAGCACAGUUAAACACAUGCCAGACUGGCCAAGACCACCUGGGACACACGGGGACCUGCGGACUCCAGGGCGUAGUCGGCCAGGCCGGUGCGGUCGUGAGCGAAGAGGCGCAGAGCGUUCUCCACCAUCAGCGUCACCUCCUGCACAGCACAACUCGAGCGUGAAGAAGAAACCAAAGUUACGCCUCCUCCUUCUUCUUCCUCACCCCUCUGGUCACGGACGCCUCGCUGCGGCGCUGAUCCAGUUGGCGGCUGAUGUUGUGGAGGAUGCUGCGCUCCAACGAGACCAAGGACGCCUGCAGGUCUGCUCCACGGACCAAGCGCUCAGACGGGGCGGAGUCCACUCGCAGAUCAUUCCCGUAGAGCGCAAGCCGGACCUCCUCCCGGACUUGAGCGGAAA